AUGGCAACUUCCUUACCAUCGUCUUCUGGAGUAGUUUCAAGAAUCUUCACUUUGAUUUUCCAGUACAUUGUGAUGGGCCUCUACGCUCAUCUUAUUACAAGUGUCUUCUUCAGCCUAUAUAUUUGGUGUGCAGCUGCUGAUCCUGCAGAUCCAGGAGUUUUUAGAUCAAAGAAAUAUCUCAAGAUUCCAGCCAAUGAAAAGCAUACUAGAAGAAAAGAUUCUAAACUAUAUGGAGAAUCAACAUCAUCAAUGCAAGAUGCUAAUACUGUAACAGUUGUAGGCAAACUUCUGGAUAAGGAUGUUCUGGGCAAAGAAGCGACUUCAAAAAUGUCCACCAGUGAUAGUGGAAAGAAGAAUGCACCUGAAACUUCGUCUCGCAUCCUGUUGGCUUGCUUUUCACCCCUAUGGUUACUUCUCUACUCUUGUCAAUCUUCGAGGCAUGACUUAUUGCCUCAAAUGAACCUCAGUUUCUCCUAA